AUGUCCGAACGCAAGGCUGUCAUCAAGAAUGCUGAUAUGGACGAGGAUGUCCAGCAGAGCGCGAUUGAAACGGCACAACAAGCUCUAGAGAAGUUCAACAUCGAAAAGGAUAUUGCUGCUCACAUCAAGAAGGAAUUCGACAAAAAGCACUCGCCUACGUGGCACUGUGUUGUCGGGAGGAAUUUCGGCAGGUAACUGGUCAUACUGUUGUUCGAUGACAGACUGCACUAAUUUUCAAACGGUUGUAUACUUUUCUCGUACUCGAGGGUCGGUGCGUUAUUGUCAAUUGAUAGGCGUCACUAGCAGUGGCUGUAGACCAUUAAAAUCCAUUGUUGCUAUAUUGCAGAGAUGGUAUAUACCAAAGUGGUAUAUACCACUUUUUCUGUGACCGCAUUUCGGUGUGACCAACUUGUAUGACUUAUAAACCUAGAGGACAAAAUAAGAAUCUUAACUCCAAUGCGGGUACCCAUGAGCGGGAUUUGACCGUCACUGGUACCGUUCGCGACGGUUCCGGUUCACCCGAGCUUCUUCGCUAAUGGAGCACCUAAAGGAUCAUAUAUGAUCGUUUAGACUUCAUCCGGCAGAUCUAUGAAUGGUCUGUUUUGUUGUUGCUGCAUGGAUGGCGGUCUAUUCCGCUCUCUCGGGCAGUUUUGACAGCAUUUGUUUUAAAUACUGAUGGACUGCUUCUCUUUCUUUCCCCUAUAGGGGCAUCUUUAACAAGCCUCGUCUCUUGCUUUCUUCCACUUUAGUUACGUCACCCACGAAACACGGCAUUUUAUCUAUUUCUACCUUGGCCAAGUGGCUAUCCUCCUGUUCAAGUCCGGUUGAUAUCCCCUCUAUUGUUUGAUAACAGAGUCCCGGCUGACGUGUCAUGA